UGCAAGGAGAUAAGAGUAAACUGAAGCAGGAUUAUAAGGGGGCUUUGGAGAAUGGUGGGGGUCCAUUGGUCCAAGGGCUUCAACCAGCACCAGCAGGAAGGCAAGCACGUGGUAUCCAGUCUGGAAACUCAGUAGGGAUCCAAGUCCGCUCUCACCAAACCUGGACCCCAACGAGGAGGGUCCAUCCGCUGUGUUAACGCCUCACUGCGCUGUAACGGCUCAGACGGGACAACGGCUCCCCGCUCCGUUAAACGACUGCUGCCUGCGGAGCCGAGGCACCCAAAGCCGCUUCCCCACGGGAGGGGACGGGACAUCCGGUUCCUCCGGCCGCCGGUUCCAGCGUGACGAAGCGGCGGAAGAAGGAGAAGCGGGCGCUUGCCGAUGAGGAUGUAGCGGACAUCCAGCACACGGAGGAGUUCUUCAUCAAGCCCGAGUCCCGCGUCGCCCAGCUGGACACGUCGCAGUGGCCCUUGCUGCUGAAGAACUUUGACAAGCUAAAUGUGAUGACAGCACACUACACACCUCUUUCUUUUGGUGCUAAUCCCCUGAAGAGAGAGAUUUCCGACUAUGUGAGGUCUGGGUUUAUUAACCUCGACAAACCUUCCAAUCCAUCUUCCCACGAGGUGGUUGCAUGGAUCCGACGCAUCCUUCGAGUAGAGAAGACAGGACACAGUGGCACUCUGGAUCCUAAGGUGACUGGGUGCCUCAUUGUGUGCAUUGAGAGGGCGACACGACUGGUCAAAUCUCAGCAGAGUGCAGGCAAAGAGUAUGUGGGAAUUGUUCGGCUGCACAAUGCAAUUGAGAGUGAGGCUCAGCUUGCCAGGGCAAUAGAAACGCUGACAGGCGCGCUGUUUCAGCGACCGCCCCUCAUUGCCGCUGUCAAACGACAACUGAGAGUCAGAACCAUCUAUGAGAGCAAGCUGGUGGAGUAUGAUCCUGAGAGAAGAUUAGGUAUCUUCUGGGUGAGCUGUGAAGCAGGCACAUACAUCCGAACACUCUGUGUUCACCUUGGAUUGCUGCUUGGAGUAGGGGGCCAGAUGCAGGAGCUCCGCAGAGUGCGCUCGGGCAUCCUGGGAGAGAAGGACAACAUGGUGACCAUGCAUGAUGUACUGGAUGCACAGUGGCAGUAUGACAACAACAAGGAUGACAGCUACCUGCGAAGAGUUAUCCUGCCGCUGGAGAAACUGCUGACUUCACACAAGCGGCUGGUCAUGAAAGACAGCGCGGUUAAUGCCAUUUGCUACGGAGCCAAGAUUAUGCUGCCUGGUGUCCUCAGGUAUGAAGAUGGAAUUGAGCUUAAUCAGGAGAUUGUUGUCAUCACCACAAAAGGAGAAGCUAUCUGCCUAGCCAUUGCCUUGAUGACCACAGCAGUGAUUUCUACCUGUGACCAUGGUGUUGUGGCGAAGAUCAAGAGAGUGAUCAUGGAGAGAGAUACGUACCCCCGCAAAUGGGGCCUCGGUCCCAAGGCCAGUCAAAAGAAGAUGAUGAUCCAGAAGGGUCUGCUGGACAAGCAUGGAAAGCCCAAUGAGAGCACACCGGAUUCUUGGAAGAAGGAGUAUGUGGAUUACAGGGAUACUUCCAAGAAAGAGGCACCUGCUGUUUCAGAGCCAGAGAGGGCUGCAAAAAGGAAACGAGAUUCAGAGAGUGAAAGUGAGGAGACAGUGAGCCCGCCAUCCCCUGCCAGCCCACCGCCACAGGAGCACAUCAAAAAGGAGAAGAAAAAGAAGAAGAAAGAGAAGAAAGCCAAAGAGGCAGCUGAGAGCGGAGGAGAGCAAAUAGAAGCGACCAGUGAGACCAGCACCAAGAAGAAAAAGAAGAAGAAACAAAAGGAGGUGGAAGAGAGCUCGGAGUAAGCAACUGGAUCUGUCCAAAGCAGGAAAACCUCCUCAGCAGGGAGGGAGGAGUCUGAGGCCUUGACAAAAAGAGGACUGGCUGCAUGGCAGAGUGGCCAGCAAGUUCCAGGUUCCUUUUUGGCUGUGUACACGUGUGAGCGGGUGUGUUUGCCCAGGAUAUGCCCUGCUCAGGUACCUCUCCUCAUCCUGUUUUAAGGGUUGCCAGAGGAGCAGGAUGCCUCACUGCCCCUGCACUGGAUUGCUCCCUAAAGCUGAGCACCAUGAUGCCAAUAGAAGUGGUAUCUUCAGGGAAGCUGUAGCUUCUGGCUCUUGGUGUCUCUGAUUUCAUCUUGAGAGGGAGGAAUAAUGUUUCUCCCUCCUCUUGUCCUGCCUCUUUCUUCCUUUUCUCCAAGGUUGGAGCUGUUACCAACAGUCAUAGAAUGUUGGUGUCUGGAGGACUGGCUUUGCCAUGGCCCAUCUGAAUGAAUGACAGUCAAAUCGGUUAUUGGAAGGGCUCUUUGUUUUGACCUGGCCAUAUACUUGUUUCAACCCUUGGCUAGAUGAAAUCAAAUAGUCCACCCUGAGAUUCCUCAGUGCUUUUUUAACUCUUUAUCAUAAAAGGAUUAGAACAUGGAAUUCCUGCUUUUUGCUUCAUAGUGCUGGGACCUGCGUGUUAGCUGUUGGCUGAUCCCCAGACCCAGUGCCCCAGGGACCUUGUCAGUGUGUACCUCUGGCUGCAAUUCGCUCUCCUCUACCCGGUUAUUGGAAUGGGACCACACUUCCAGUUGCCUUCCAUGGCUUUGAUAGCCAGUAUGCUCUGGAAGGCUGGAAACUGGGAUGCUGCUGGGGGGAAGAAGUGAAGUGACUGGUAUGCUGUGCUAAAGGGCUGUUGGGACUGGAGUCUUCAUGAGGAAAAGCUUGGCCAGAGGCACCUCUGCAAGGGGGCAUGGGCUGUGGGCCUUGAGUGGUUUCUUGUCCUGAUUUCAUUAUCUUGGCUGGCUUGCUGGGGGGGGGAGGUCUCUUUCCUCUCACAGGGGUAAUGCUGAGCCAGAUUUUAGCCCUUUUAAUGGGAUCCUUCCACGUGGGAAGGAUCCACUCUGCUUUGUUCUGAGCUUCAUCCCUGCACAGAUUCUGUUAACGCUUGUCUUAGCCUUAUGCAUUGCUUUUAACCAUCUCACUUUUCUCCCCUCCAACGCUAGAGAUACACGCAGGCAGUGGGGCCAGCAGCUGGUGGCUGCCUGAACCUGAGCAGAAAGAAAAAAGUCCAUUUUUAUUCACUUCUUUUUUACAUAAAAAUAAAAGCCCUAUUUUUGAA